AUGGCACAACCAGAAACACCUGCAAGCGCAUCGCGACAUUCCAUCAUUUCACCUCUUGCAGGUGGUAUGACCACCGCUCAAUUGGAACAAGUGUUACAGAGAACUCCUCAAAUGACUAGAUUCAAUCCUUUGAGAAGACAUCUUCGGGCACCUAAAACUCCCAAUUCUCGCAUUUCCAAAAGUGAAAUCAUCGCUAGUGAUGACGAAGCAGCGACCACAUCACCGUCAGCCCCGAUCGUGCAACCACCGAAAUCUCUAAACGGUGAAGCUAUAAGAGUUAAAGGUAAAGAAGUGUCUGUAGCUAUCGGAGGGGAUGAUGUUGAUCAAGGGACUUCAAAAUUCAUUGACACUCUGCAUCCUUCCUCUCAUGAAAAUGUUUCGCGUUCGAAGCAACUAGGUGAGACAUUGCCCAAGAGGUUUUUGAGAACAAUCGCGAAGCGCAAAAAGUCCCGGAGGGAGCAACGUAUCGCAUCCAAGCCGGGUACUAUACUCUCUGCCGAAGAACCAUCGAGCAAAUCGUCUCAUGGAAAGAAAGGCGAAGAGAAAGCAAUCUUAACCUCCAGUGGGUCUGGCCGCCCGGCUGAAUUGAAUAGACUUUUCAAGAAUCCUGACCCUCUUAGCGAUGAAUCAUCCGAUGGCAGUCAAGAAUCUACCAGUCUUGAAGAACUCAUUCGAACAACUUCACGCACAUUCAAUUCACAGCCUUCUAGUGAUCAUGGAACCAGGGACAUCAGUUUUUCAUUUGGUGCUCCGCGGCUGGUUCGACGAACAAUUAUGGGCUCACACAAAAAGGUCAAUAACAGUAAUAAUCUCGAUGACCUUGAACUCGAGAUUCUUGGAUUGCCUGAUGCUACUCAUUCAUCUGAUUGUACGCCUGGCCCAAGCGACUCACAGGAUGACUUCAUUGACCACCAUACAUCUCAAAAAUGUGAUCGUCCAAGGCCAAUGAAAAGGCAGAAGAAAAGGGUGAACAAGAGACCUCGAAGACUUCCAGUGGAUGAGUUGCACCUGGUAUCUGAAAGUGUGGCGGGAUUCAGUCAGGAGAAUGAUGAAAAUGGUAUGAUCAAAGUUUCACUAAGUUUGUGGUACAAUAUUGAUCAAAGUAUAGUGGAACCUUCAGCUGAAAUUUUAGAUGACCCAAUCUCUCAAGACUCGUCGGAUGCCCUAAAAAUUGUACAGAGUGUUGGGCGGACAAAGGGUGAGAAAAAACUGUUUCAGACAUACCAUGGCGCCUUUGGAAAUAUUGAUAGCAAAGCCUUUCGGUUCCCAAAUCGUUACAACACGUCUCCUCGGGCAGAAUCAAGCAACCGCCAUGAGGUGAGCUCGUCUCAUUCUGAUGGUUUCGUGGGAGCUGAAGCAAAUCCUACUGGCAGAUGUAUGCUGCUACCUAGGCAAAAGCGUGCUUGUAUUAGUAUAUGGGGACUGACUACCCGAAUAGCGCAAUUAGAGUUGGUUCGCGAAAAGGUCCACGGGCUAGUCGAUGAGCUAAAUAGCCAAGCUGAAAGAAGAGUUCCAGCGAAAAAUACCAAGAGGCGUUUAAAGAAGAAAGCUACACUCAAUGCGUCGGUAAUGAUGAAACUCGAGUCUCAAGCAGAUAAAACGGGCGAAAGUCAACAAGAUGACCAGGAUAGCCAAAGUCAUGAAAACCGUGAUGCCCAUCAGGAUGAUCAAUCAAUGCGUGGAUAUCUUUCUGGCGAUGAAAUGAUUUCGGUUGCGGAAGUUAAUUCCCUUUCCCCGCCCACUAGGAAAGGGUCUCGAAGAGUCAUCUUUGACGAAAGAAUCGAGAUUGAUCGGCGUGUCAGAAUACCUUCUUUGGACUCUGAGAAUCCUGAAGAUUCUUUCGAGGUGAAGAGAAGAAAAACUUCUUCUGAUUCUGCGGUUUGGCACAAUAUGGAGACGGUCCGCUUGAACAGGUGCCACGACGAAGACAGCGAGCAAGAUGUGUUAUCUAUCAAUGAAUUGAAACGAAGCAUCAUCAGUAUUUCAAGUGACAACGACGAGAUGGAAGAAAGCGAUGGAUCUGGCGGCGACAGUGGCGAAGAGACGGGCGACGAAGACGAAGCCGAAGACGAAAAUGAACAUGAGAACGAGGGAGAGAGUGGAGAAUGCUUCAAUGUGCUAGGAGUCCGUGAAAAACAAUCAGAUGAAUUAAUUGACGGGAAUAUCCUCUCCACUGAAGACGAAUCAAGCGAGCAAAGUCAACAGUGCAACGGAAAGGAUGACGACAGAGAUGAAUUUUAUGCUUCUGAAGAAGAAACGAUUCUGAACAAGCCAGUGGGUGGAGAAGAAGAAAUUACCGAGAUGUUUGUCUCGAAAGGCUUGGUCAGGAACAAGAAAAUCUGUCCGAUUGACGAGUCGCUAGUGCAAGAAUCACAAACGACAAGAACUGAAGGUAAAGACAAUAGCCAGUUAUCACAGCUAUCAAUUGCCAUGAGCUGGCACAAUAGCACACAAGUAUUGAAAAUACCAGAAGCCGAUGACUGGAGACCUCGAAGGCCAAAGUCAAGCGACGUUAUGAACGAGACACAAGAGGACAUUUUUGAUAGUUCAAGUCCGAUAUCAACGAUCGCCAAAAGGAGAUCAACUGGUUUGCAGGUACGUAGAUGGACAGCAUUCCGGGGUAGACCGCUGGCCCUUACGGUCGGUAAACCUCCUACGCCACCUAGCCCUAAAAUUCCAGAGACUCAGAUUGUGGCACCUAAGAUACCAGAAACACGACUGAUUGCAGUUCGCGACAUAUCUCCUGAGCUUGGUGAAUCGCAAGUAUCCAAUACACCUAACGAGUUCAAUGAAUCUAUACCGGACGCAUUGCUCCUUACCAGCAACAAGAGCCCGCUUCAUUCUUCUCAACUUUCAUUCAUCCCAGAUGAGAUUCCGGAGGAAACCUUUUUUUGCCGAGCUUCUCAAGUACUGGGAGAACAUAAGACACCUGUGUCUAGAAGCAAGUCAACUCCAGGUCGCUUCUAUCCCGCUCAAUUCAAGAGCAUUGCGACUCCCAUUUAUGCCCAACCGAACACCGAGACUACGGAGAGCGAGACAUCUGCCCCAAGCAUGUCGCCCAAGUUCUCACAACAGUCGUACCGACCCACGCCUAAGUCAGAAAAAAGCUUAAGUCGUCUUACGCGACAGGCCAGUUCUGCUUUGGGGACUUUGCCAGGCUCCGCUAGAAAGAGAACAAAAACUUUACCAUUCAAACCGCCAUUCAAAAAGCCAAUCUUGAAGAUUUAG